AUGGCUGGCUCCUCUCAAUCCACUGAACCCGUCUCCAUGAGUUCUAUUUCUCACAUGCUUGCCAUUAAACUCUCUCCCAACAAUUAUCUCUAUUGGAAGAAUCAGAUGGAACCCCUUCUUAUUGUCCACAACCUCAUCUUUCACGUGGAUGGGACUGAAAACGCUCCUGCUGCUACUCUUCUGCAAGAUAACAAAUCUGUACCCAAUCCUCUUUAUACCCGAUGGCUUGCUGUUGAUAAACGCACUGUCAUGGUGCUCAAUGCCUCGCUAACCGAAGAGGCGAUUGCCGAGGUCAUUGGUUUACCAACUGCACGCUCCAUGUGGCUGGCAUUGGAGAACGCGUUCAGCAACACUUCAAUUGAGCGCAUCCAGAAUCUGAGGGAUCAGCUUCGCCAAAUCACCAAAAGGUCUUCCCCCGUCGCUGAUUAUGGUCGUAAAUUCAAGUUUUUGUGUGAUCAACUCUCGACAACCGGGUUAUCCUGUUGA